AUGUCGACCACUGUGGAAAAAAUAAAGGCUAUCGAGGAUGAAAUGGCUCGUACUCAGAAGAACAAGGCUACUUCGUUCCAUUUGGGUCAGCUGAAAGCUAAAUUAGCCAAGCUUAGAAGAGAAAUAUUGACCAGUUCGCAAUCUAGUGGUGGUGGAGCUGGUGUUGGCUUUGAUGUCGCCAGAACUGGUGUCGCAAGUGUCGGGUUCGUCGGGUUCCCUUCUGUGGGUAAAUCUACUCUGUUAUCGAAAUUGACUGGUACAGAGUCUGAAGUGGCCGAAUACGAGUUUACCACAUUAGUCACUGUUCCUGGUGUUAUCCGUUACAAAGGUGCCAAGAUUCAAAUGCUGGAUUUGCCAGGUAUUAUUGACGGUGCUAAGGAUGGCCGUGGUCGUGGUAAGCAGGUUAUCGCUGUGGCUAGAACCUGUAACCUGUUGUUCAUUGUGCUAGAUGUCAACAAGCCACUGCAUCAUAAACAGAUUAUUGAGAAAGAAUUGGAAGGUGUUGGUAUUCGUUUAAAUAAGACGCCACCAGAUAUUCUGAUAAAGAAGAAAGAAAAGGGUGGUAUAUCAAUUACAAACACUGUUCCAUUGACACAUUUGGACAACGAUGGGAUUAGAGCCGUCAUGAGUGAAUAUAGAAUUAACAGUGCAGAGAUUGCCUUCAGAUGUGACGCCACAGUAGAUGAUCUGAUCGACGUGCUAGAAGCUCCAUCAAGAAGAUAUAUGCCAGCAAUCUAUGUGCUGAAUAAGAUUGAUUCUUUAUCGAUAGAAGAGCUUGAGCUAUUAUACAGAAUUCCAAACGCCGUGCCUAUCUCCUCCGGUAAAGAAUGGAAUUUGGACGAUCUGCUACAAGUCAUGUGGGAUCGUUUGAACUUGGUGCGUGUUUACACAAAGCCAAAGGGCCAAAUGCCGGAUUUCACGGAUCCCGUAGUUCUACGAUCGGAUCGUUGCAGUGUAAAAGAUUUCUGUAACCAAAUUCACAAGUCAUUGGUCGACGAUUUUAGAAAUGCAUUAGUCUAUGGUUCCAGUGUUAAGCAUCAACCACAGUACGUUGGUUUAAGUCAUGUCUUGGAGGAUGAAGAUGUGGUGACAAUUUUGAAGAAAUGA